GGAGCGGCCGACUGUUUGACUUUCUUUCGUCGGUGUUUUUGCCUCACGUGUAUUCCUUCAUAAUAUAUUUGCCCUUUUAAUUAUUAUUUGUGUCAUAUUGAUUGUUAUGUAUUAAUACCAGCCCUUGGUGAUACGACCUUUCACCGCUUUAAUUGCUUAGUUGCAAAAAUGUCUAGUGUUACGAAGUGACAGAUGUUUUGAGUGCAGAAUCUCGUCAUUUUUUACUUUAAUACGUAGUUAAAUUAUAACACCGACCCCUUGUUGUUCUAAAAGAACUGCGAGCCAUGGAAUCCGACCCUCAGGAGACGGAAUCCCAAAGCCUGAACGGUGGAGUGAAGACAAACGGGAACACAUCACAGCCGCUGUUCCCGGAGAGCCCGGUGUACGAGCCGGAGGAGGAUGCUGUCUUGGGAAAGGAUGAAACAUCCGUCAUUCUUCUUGAUGAUAGCAAAGAAGAAGUACAACCUGAAGCCCAAGAUGACAAACCAACGUUGCAGUUCAAGAGGAAACUCACAGAUGAAGCAGAAGACAGCAGCGCUAAAAUACAAAAGCUUGAUAACACUGAAUCCAUAAUCAACACGCAAAACCUCGACGAAGAAGUGUCCGAAAUCAUCAGCGCAGCUAAAAACGAAGAUAUCCUUCCUUCCCGAGUACGGACUCCUGUUCGAUCCAGUCCUAGACUCAAAAGGAGCAAUAGCGCUGACAUUACUAAACCUAAAACACCAAGGACUCCUAAAAGUCGCCCGGCAAGUGUUGAUAUCACUAAAGAAAGAAAGACCCCAAAGAAAUUGAAACUUGACGAAAAAGUUGAAGAGCGUCCAAGCAUUGAUCCUAGCAAAGAACUUACUAAAGUCCCUGAAACUAUCGCUGAAGAAAGCGGAUCUGAAAUGAAUGAUUCUCAAAAUUUCCACCUAGUCCUAUCCCCAACUACCGACGAUGAUGCAUUAACUAAAACUAUUACUAACAAUUACAGCAGUGAUCCUGUCAUCGUCAAAGAUAGGCAAGAGACCAUAAGCCCAGGGAAAAUCAUUGAAACUCGAAGCGAAGGUUACAACUACUCCGACCAAACUAAUUCUCAACCGAAAAGAUUGGAUUUUAACAAAGGAAAAACCACUGAUCAAGAAAGCACUGACAGCGUUGAAUCUAUACCCAGUCCUGAUCAUUUGCCAACUGUUGCUUCGAAGUUAAUCUCUAAAUUAUCGAAUGGAAAUUCAUCAACACCAACUGAAUUGUCUUCAGGGAAAAGGACAGAUGAUAGCGACAGUACUCCGGAUAUGUUGAAGCUAACUAAUAAUUUAAAACGUGGUAAAAAUGAAUCUUUUCGUGUUAGCAAUAACACAACUCCAUCGACUAUUUCGCCGCUUCAAAACGGGCAUGGGAGAUCGGAUAAUUUAUCCGAAACACAGCCGCAACCUAUGUUCGAUGUCAUCGUAAAUUAUAAUGAAGACGGCGAGUUCCAAUCACUGUAUGUCGUUAAAACUGAUAAUGAUUUAGGUUUGGAUAUGUAUCGCGAAUACCAAAGAUUUUCUAAACGCUUCACAAUCGAUCCGUACUUAGGCGAUGUGUCUGUCAGUACUUCACCCUCAAGCGUUACUAGCACGGGAAUGAUUAAUCUACCUAUUAACAGGACGUCUUUCGCGUCAACAAUCAGUUCUACUUCAAGUUCGAGUAAUAGAACCACUGACGGAGCAUUCGUAGUUCCUCAACCACCAAGAAAAUCAGUUGUGAACCCUUCAAGCUCUGUGAAAGGCUUUGAUGCUGUAAUGAAGAAAGUACAUGACGUCUUCGCUCACGCUAAAGAAGCUUUCGAAGGCUACCGUUCAUGUAGUGAUGAUAAAAUCUCAGUUGGUGUCCAAACUACCCCGUCUAGCGAUUCACUGAGCAAUGGAAACUUAUCUCCGGAGGAGUCCUGCAAAACUGACAAAGCAACACCAAAGAGUUCUCUAAAGAAAACGAGAGUCAGAGGACGACGGAAUCUCUCAAGCAAAACUAAAAGGAAUAUCUUACCGACUCAAGCCGAAGAGCCGGAAUAUAUGCACGGGAUGAAUUCUCCUGAAAUGGUGCCAACAAAUGGUGAUACUGAAAAGAUUUUGAAGUCUCCUAAAUCUGAGAAACCACUAUCGUUAGUUGCAACUCCGAAGUCUGUGUCAAAGCUGAAACAGAAACGCAGACCAACUUCUCCAAGGCCUGCUACGCCGGUUGAAAAGUCUUUGGUUAAGACGGAGUACCCAGGUUAUGCUCUGGAUACUGUAGUCUUAGCAAAGUGGGUGGAUAAACGGUACUAUUCGGGUAAAGUACUUGAGAUAACGGAGCCUAACAAAUACUUGAUCAAGUUUGACGAUGGUCAGUCAAAGGUUUUGCUGGAUGAUUUUAUAAUAUUUGGUGAUACGAAGACACUGCCGUUGCAUGGUCAGUCGGUGUAUGCUAUGGUUGAUGAGGAGCAGAACUAUGAGCCGGGUUUGGUGCUUGGUAUUGAAGAAAAUGAUAGCGGUACUGUCACUUAUAGGUGCACUACUGAUGGCGACACAGUGGUAAUGGUGACAGCGAGCGAGCUAUAUCUAACAGAGGACCAAGCGAGGUCGCUCAAGGAGUCGUCUCGCCCGCGCUCGCCCACGUCGCCCGCCACGCCGCGCCGGCGACACCACAGGGAACUCGAUCUGGAUAAUAUCAUACAUGGCCCUAGAAGUGCACGGUCGCGGGACAAAGGCAACUCCAGUGCGAAGAAACGCGUGGCGUCACCGAAAAGUCCGAAGGCGUCCACAUCAGGAGUAAAAACCAAGAGCACACCAGUCAGUCGCAAGCGACUAGCGAGUGAAAGCAGCGAAAUGAGCGAAAGCAGUAACUCAGCACCACCGGUCAGAUUAGAAGAGGUAGCGGGCGUGGAACCAGAAGUACAGCGGACACCGAGGAAGAUAGACGGUGUUAAAGCGGGUCCUCUACAACUAAAAGGCGCGGCCAAACAAAACAUCGGCAAGAAGAACUCAAAACUAACCAAAUUUGAGAACGACGAAGACACGGUAUCGACGCUCGGCCCAAUCCCAGGACCGGACAGCAAACUGUUCGCGGGGCUGCAUUUCUUGCUCACUUGCACUGAGCCGCCGAAAAAACUCAAGUCUGACAAGUGUCAAGACACGCGGCAUUACUCGUCAGAAGAAGAUGGCGAGACGACAGCAGGCACUGACUGUGAAGAUCUAGAGUUCUCCGACCGACCCUUCAAUAAAGAGAGGCUGAAAGAACAAUUAGAAGCAGGUGGAGGCAUUGUUUACAGCCACUUCGACGACGUGCCAAAAGCCAAGUACAGCGUGACGAAACUGAUCGCGCCCCGUCCCUGUCUCACUGCCAAGUACAUCCAGUCUUUGGCGGCGGAUAUCCGGUCCGUGACCCAUCAGUGGGUCAUCCUGUGCUGCACUAACAAUAAACUGCUAGACACAGAUGCGUAUGCGCUGCCGGCCGGCUGGUCCAUAACCAAGCAGGCGUUUGUCAACUGGGUACCAUCAUCAGGCCGCCGCAACACCCAAUUCUUCAAAGACAAAGUUAUCCUCCUCUGCGGAGACCAGGACACAUUCGUAAAAUUCUGGGAACGAGUGUGCACCCUAGUCGGAGCCACCACACGCGUCGUCAACGAGGAGGACCUAAACAUGUCGGGUGCCCUCGCUUUAGUCACCGAAUGGGACUGUCCCCACGAAGUCCAAAACAAAGCGAAUCAGGACAAUAUCCCACUAGUUUCAACGACUUGGGUAGUCCAAUGCCUUAUUGAGGCGAAAGUUAUCGCCCCGACCAGCCACGACAAAUUCUCGUUUAUGUACACGGAGCCAGAAUGAUCCUGGGACUUUAAGAAGAUACUCAUUAUACGUGAAAUUUGACACUUUAGUGAGUGGCGACAAAGACGCUGUGUAGGUUAAGUGAUGUGAAUAAAUUGGGGUGGAUUCAUGAUUUCUGAUAACUUGUGAUAUGACUUGUCUCAGUGGCAUGCAAGAUUCUAAAAUGGUUUUUUAUUAUAUAGAAUUGUUUAAGUUCUAUUGUCGAAUUUUAAGAGAGUUGUGCCUGCUCGUUCACUGAAAAGAACUCUCCCAACUAGUACGAUCUCCGAAGUGUACUAGUUCGUUCUUUUAGGACAUUUACUUACUUACUGCUUACUGCUAGCCUUUCUCCGCAGACGUUUAGUCUGGUUGCCUUUGGCAUAGGCCUCUCCCAUAUUUCUCCAUGUUUCUCUGUCUAGAGCUUGUCUUCUCCACAAGGCUCCAGCUACCUUUCUGAAUUCAUUUUCCCAUCUCAUUUUUUGUCCGCCAUCCUUCCUUUUGCCAUCUCUUGGGUACCAUGAUGUUAUGUCCUUAGACCAUUUUUCUCUUUUAUCUCGGAGCAUGUGGCCAGUCCAUUUCCAUUUUAAUUGCUUCAUUGUCUGAUUUACGUCAGUUAUCUUUGUUCUUUUUCUAAUGGUAUCCAACUUUAUUCUAUCUUUAAGUUUUAUAUGCAACAUGCUUCUUUCCAUGCUAUUUUGGCAAACUUGGAGAGCUCGCCUUUCCUUGUCCGUUAGGGCCCAAGUUUGGCAUCCAUACGUGAGACAGGGAAGGAUACAUG